CUUUAAGAACUACCGUCUGUGUAAAUGGAUCACUUGUUCCACCUCUCAGCUGUGUGGGUUUAUGAAAUUCUCGGUUUCACUUUCUUUUCGUGGUAAAACGUCGCUGUGGAGAAAUUAAAGUUUCGUCUGUCCACGCAUCUGCUGCGCUAUGUCACGUCUACUCGCAGAGGUCACUAUGGAGAAAAAAAGCGAAGACAAACCCAGUGUGGGUUUCUCGUUCGGACGUCCAAUCAGCUCCUCCUCCUUUGUACCUCUAAGCAAUCCUUCGCCUCCUGCUCUUACUUUGACCUCAUCCAGCUUCACUAUUUCCAGUCAGACACAAAAUGACAGCACAAAAGAGAAAAAGAGGGAAAAACCUGUAGGAAUCCCAGUUUUUACAGGAUUUCAGGCAAAGCUGGAAUCUCAGUGGAGAGAUGUUCAGUGGACCGAAGAGCAAAAGAAAAGCCUGAUGAAGGCUGUUAGCUCCUACAGACCCAGCUGUAAGGAUGUGCCUCAGGCCCGGGUUCUCCUCCUCGGACCGGUUCGUUCUGGAAAGUCCAGUUUCAUCAGUUCAGUCCAGUCUGUGUUUAAUGGGAGAGUGACGAACCGUGCCAUGGUGGGCUCCUCCUUCAACACCAGCUUCACUAAAAAGCUACAGUCCUUCAACAUCCGUGGUCAGAAGGGGGAGGACAACACUGGGCUGGUGCUGUGUGACAUCAUGGGCCUCGGCGACGGAGAGACGACCGGGUUGACUCUACACGACAUCCUGUCCGUGAUUAAAGGCCAGGUUCCUGAAGGGCACAAGUUCAGUCCGGAUCAACCAGUUGGCACAGAAACGGCGGGGUACGUGAAGACGCCCAGCCUCAGGGACAGAAUACACUGUGUGGCCUUCGUAGUGGACGCCUCGAAAAUCUCAUCCUACCACAAAGGCUUCAGCUCCACCUUCAAACAGCUGCGAGAGUUCAUCAGCGAGCUAGGGGUUCACCAGGUGGCUCUGCUGACCCACGUUGACCAAAUUUGUCCAGAAACGGCCAAAGAUGUGAGCAAUGUUUACAAGAGCCUGAGUGUUCGAGAGACGAUGAACAAAGCCGGAGCUCUUCUGGGCAUGUCCACCUCCUACAUCGUUCCAGUGAAGAACUACUCGUCAGAACUGGACCUGGACGUGAACACCGACGUCCUUCUGCUCAGUGCCGUGGACCACAUCCUGCAGUACAUCGACAUGUUUUUUCAGGACUACGCUCCUCAGCACACGAGGCCAAAGUUACUCUGAUGCUUGAGUUCUUCAAACAUUAUGUUUUCAUUUAAAUGUUUUUCAUGUUUUUGAAAACUAAUUGUAAGAAAAGUUGACUUGUAAUAGUAAUUUGCUGUUUUUAAGUCGAGUGCUUUUCCUCGCUAAAUCAAGCACAAUAAUUGUCACUAGUUCUAUUGACCAGACUGACUAACUUACCAGCAGGUAAAACAGUUUUGAUUAAAAAAAAAAACAAGUUACCAGAAAACUUACUGUUUAGCAAUAACUUGAACAGAUUUCUAUUUUGGUAUCAGAAAGUUUCAACCUGGACAACAGUUCAGUAAAUGUACUAUGCCAUUUCAGUUUGUAUGAAUUGUUACAAUAAGUCUGGAUUUGGUAGGAUAAAAGCAAAUCUGAUACGAGGACUUAAGGGGAAUAAACUCUGUAGGAAUAAACUUUCAAGCAAGUUAUCUUUUUUCCCCAAACUUUAACAGCUAACUGAGCGAACUAAUUGUUUUGUGUUGUCUGUUAAACAACUUUUAAAAUUGCAUAACUGUUUGAAUAAUUUUGUGAAUGAUGAUGUGUGGCAUAUGCCAAAACCAGUUGUGGUCUGAAUUUCAGCUUUAAUAAAGAGUACUGAUUUCAAUUUCAA